AUGAGUUGUUUUAUCUUGCAUAAUGUGGCUAAGCACCUUAAUGAUGAAGAUUUUGCUGUUGAUAUACCGGGAGAUGGCGAACAAGAAGAAAUCCAUAAUCAACAUGGUGCUGACUAUGCAGAUGGAGUGAUACGUCAGAGAGAAGGCUCCUUACUGGGUCCGGCUUUCAUUGUGGUAGCUUUCAGUACUGGUCCUGAACUUCCAGAUGCUUCUUCGGUGAUUGUUUCUUCUUCAGCACAGGCUGUUGGAGUGUAAUCAAUGCUUUUUUGUAGGCAACCUGCCACAACAGCACCCACAAUUUAAAAUAUAUGCUAUUUAUAUUUAUUGAGAUGUAUAUAUAUAUUAUACUCAAUCACAUCUUAUACCUACUGUAUGGAAAAACAAAAAAAUACAACUAACAUUGCAAUCGAG